GGCGCCACCGCCCACCGGCUUCCUCAACCCGUCCUCCCACUCCCGCUCCGAUCUCACCUCAUCACAUCGCCGCCGGACAACACCACCACCACCAGCACCACAAAGAUGGGCUCGCGGUACGAGGUGGAGAUCACCGUCGGCUCCGCCCGCGACCUCAAGAACGUCAACUGGCGCAACGGCGACCUCAAGCCCUACGCCGUGCUCUGGGUCGACGCCGGCGCGCGCUGCUCCACCCGCGUCGACCUCGACAACGGCGACAACCCGGCCUGGGACGAGAAGGUCGUCGUCCCGCUGCCCCCCGCCAGCCGCCUGGAGGACGCGGUCCUCUACAUCGACGUCGUCCACGCCAACGCCGCCGAGGGCGUCAAGCCGCUCGUCGGCUCGGCCCGCCUCCCGCUCCGCGACGUCGUCGACGACGCCGGCGUCGGGGGCAAGGCGUCCAGGAACCUGAGGCUGAAGCGCCCCUCCGGGAGGCCCCAGGGGAAGCUUGACGUCCGCGUCGCCGUCAAGGAGCCGGUCAGGUACUACGACUCCAACGUCCCUGGCGGUUACCCGGCGCCCGCGGGGUACGGCUCCUCCCGCGAUGCCUACGGUGGUGGGUAUGGUGCCGGAGCCGGCGCGUACGGCGCCGCUGCGGGCGCUGGAGGCUACGGCGCGUACGCGGUCGCGGCGCCUCCGUCGGGGUACCCGGGCUACGGCUCCACCGCGCCGCCUCCCCAGGCCGCAGGACCGUACGGCUCCGCUCCACCUCCCUACGGCGCCGCGCCCCCUACCCAGGGAGCAGGCGCCUACGGCUCCUCUGCUCCGGCAUACGGCGCCGCACCACCGACCCAGGGAGCGGGCGGGUACGGCUCCUCUGCUUCUGCUUACGGCGCGGGUCAGGCGGCGGGGUACGGUGGCACGACGGGGGUGGCCGUGGACCAGAGCGGCGGGAAGACGAAGAAGAAGGGGAUGGGGAUGGCGGGCGGGCUGGCGGUGGGCGCGGCGGCGGGCGUGCUGGGCGGGCUGGCGCUGGCGGGCGGGGCGAGCUACGUGGAGCACAAGAUCGAGGACCACGUGACGGAGCGCGUGGAGGAGGACAUGUACCGCGGCGGCGGCGGUGGGUACGACGACUACGGCGGCGACGACGACUACUAGGCCAACCAUGGAUCGUUCCCGUGGC